UUAACCUGUCUUCAAGAAGUUCGAAAUUAACAAAUUCGUAUAUAUACCGUAUUUACCCAGAGCGAAAAACGACCUACAUUCAAAACUGCACGAUAAGACCACCGACUUUUCGAUUUUGCCCGUCUUCGCUUCGCAUUCUAGCAACUCAUUUAGAACUGUGAUACUGACCACAAACAAAACAAUAACGACUAUAUUUAUAUUUCCGAUAUCGCCGUGUCCACAAUGUUAUAAAUGGUGUUGCCUUGAAAUUUUACGCAUAUCGCCCAGCAACUGGCGGCGCAUAAGUAUGGACGGACCGAACGAACAUAUAUCCGCUGAGCCCACUCAAACUAAAUCCAAACGAUGCAGUGAAUUGUGAUCUAUUAGGACUGCGCUUCAAUGUGCUUCUCAAAAUGUUAUCGCCGACACGUGUAGUGUUCACGACACCCGAUAUGGAAGGCCUCGAGUUAGAGUACUCACAUUUGCUGGAGCAUUUACAGGAUCGCGGUGUAUAUACCUCAAUUUUGGCACCAAAAUCAGAGCUUUACUUUGCGGUGAGCGCUACGACAAGUGGUUCUCGAAAUUCCUACUCGAACCGGAAAGUGGCAUGCGUUUAGGUUUUGCAUUAUCAUUAACAUUAAUUCGGCGCUUACGCCUUUGCUACACAUUUUAAAAAGCUGCACUUAAAAAAUCGCUUGAUUGCUAAUUAAAUGCGUGUUCGAAUUGAUAGCAAAUAAAAAAUAUUGCAUGAUCACUAAUAUAUAUAAACACACAAAUAUUCAUUUGAAUUGUCUCCCCACAUAACAUACUUAGUAUCAACGAGACGCUAACUAUAUUUUUUUAGUUUCUCUCUACUUAUUCUCUUAUUACAUAUAAUUUGUUUUAACAGCUGAUCAGACCGGUAUUUGCUACGCUAUAUUGUCUAUCAGUAUUUAUUUUAAAAAAGUUUUUUCUCUCUAUAAACACAACGUACAGAGAGAGGAUAUGAGCCACCAUACAAAGUAUCACAGCCGCUCUAUUCAUUUUCGCUUCUUUCGCGUUCCAGCAACCUGUGUUAAUAAUUGAAAACUUCUCUUUUCGUAAUCCAGUUUUUCAUUAAGCCAAAACUCAAUAGCCGACAGUUUGUAAGUGAAUUUUGCACAAGUUUAUUAAAUCCGUCCGCGAUCACGAUUAUAUAUUAUAUAACUUGCAUUACGUUCUAAAUACGGAACGAGUAAAUCUUAUCAAAACCACAAUACAAACAACAAGUUGGCCACUUAUUGCGAUGUCAAGCCCAUCAAGCGCGACUAGCAAACUUGCCAUCGGUUUUGGGGUCACGCUUGCCACUGGGCUGGCUUACUGGUACUAUCUGCAGUGGAAGAAACGCAAUGCUAUUCCUAAGAAAUGGCGUCGCGUAGGCACUUUGGAACAAAUCAACAUUUUUCCGAUAAAGUCAUGCGCACCACUAAAAUUGGAGGACAAUGAGGAGAUCAAUUGCGAUAUAUUGGGCUUAAAAUAUCUGGGCUGUCGCGAUCGUAUGCUAAUGGUCAUCAAUGACUCGAAUGAAAUGAUCACCGCACGCGUUUAUCCACGCAUGGUCUUGAUUGCUACGAAAUUGUUGGCGCCUCAGCGUCUCGCAUUGAGCGCACCUGGCAUGGAUACGAUCGAGUUGGAUUUGGGCGCUUUGAAAGCCGAUGGUGAGCAGAUUAAAACAAUGGUGUGGAGCACACCGGUGCAGGUGCGUUUGGUCGGUGAAAUAUAUGACAAGUGGCUGUCUAAAUAUCUGCUAGAUAAGGAUAGUGGCAUGCAUUUGGUACACUAUCCGCUGGAGAGGCCCGUGAAGGCCAUCAAUUCGCGCAUGGUGCGACAGCCAUUCAUUUUGAAAGAUGAUCGUGGCACCUUCAACGAUGCUACCAGCUAUAUGAUGAUGAAUUUGGCAUCGAUUAAGGAGCUUAAUACCCGCAUACCAAAGCCAGUGGAUCCGUUGCAGUUCCGUGGUAGUUUCCAAUUGAAAAUGGAUACCGAUGAGCCUUACGCUGAAGAUCAUUGGCAGUGGGUGAAGAUCGGCGAUGAAGUCAUCUUUCGUGUGGUAGCACCAUGUACCCGCUGUAUCUUCCCGAAUAUAAAUGUGACUACGGCAAUACGCGAUCCCGAUGGUGAGCCGUUGAAUACGCUUAAGAAAUAUCGCAUGUUCAAAGGCUAUGCAACCCCAGCCAUUGGCAUACACUUGGGCCUGCGCUCUGUGGGAAGUAUCAAGAAGAACGCAGUAGUAUAUGUAGAAGAUAAGUGAGGUAUCUUGCUAAAAAAAUUAACAUUUUUUUCUAUGCUAAAAAGUGUAAAUAGUAUAUAUAAAAUAUGUUUCAAUUUAUGUAUUAACAUAUAUUUUAUAUAGUUUAAAAUUUAAAUUACUCAAAAAGAGUGAAUUAGCCGGCAUGCUGAGAAAUUUAUUAAUAUAAUGAAAAGAGCUUUUUUAAAGCUUUUUGUUACUCUCCUUUACAAAAAUAUAUUCUCUGAUGUAUUAAAAAGCACACACAUUAUAAUCCUACCUAAUAAGAUAAGUUUUUUGAACGCAUAA